AUGUUGAACAGUGUCACCAUCUGGGUCCUCUCGGUACUGCAGGCUUGUAACAUCACGCACGCAGGAACCCUGCCAAGUUGUGCAGAAAAGGCUCUCUUGGAACAAUUUGGAGUCCCUUUAACUGGAACAGAGACUAGGCGUUACACUAAUCAUGCCUUGUCUUAUGAUCAGUCGAAGCGCGUGCCUAGAUGGGUACUUGAACAUAUAUCCAAAAGCAAGAUAAUGGGUGAUGCCGACAGAAAACAUUGUAAAUUUAAGCCUGAUCCCAACAUCCCUCCAACCUUCAGUGCCUUCAAUGAAGACUAUGUUGGGAGUGGGUGGUCACGAGGACACAUGGCUCCAGCAGGAAAUAACAAAUUUUCAUCUCAAGCCAUGGCUGAAACCUUUUACCUUUCUAAUAUUGUGCCUCAGAAUUUUGAUAAUAAUGCUGGAUAUUGGAACAGAAUGGAAAUGUACUGUCGAGAACUGACGGAGAGGUUUGAAGAUGUUUGGAUCGUAUCUGGACCGUUGACUUUACCUCAGACUGGAAGUGAUGGAAAGAAAACAGUUAGUUACCAGGUGAUCGGUGAGGAUAAUGUGGCGGUCCCCUCGCACCUUUAUAAGGUGAUCCUGGCUCGCAGAAGCCCAGUGUCUGCUGAACCACUGGCACUAGGGGCCUUCGUGGUGCCCAAUGAGGCCAUUGGCUUCCAACGCCAGUUAGGUGAAUUCCAAGUGAGUCUUCAGGACCUGGAGAAGUUAUCAGGACUGGUAUUUUUUCCUCAUUUGGAUAGAACUAGCGGUAUCAGGAAUAUCUGCUCUGUGGACACCUGUAAACUCCUGGAUUUCCAGGAGUUCACCCUGUACCUGAGCACGAGAAAGAUUGAGGGAGCCCGAUCAGUAUCUAGACUGGAAAAGGUCAUGGAAAAUUUGAAGAACGCAGGGAUUGAACCAGAUGAUUACUUCAUGAACCGCUAUAAGAAGAAACUAGAAGAACUCAAAGCUAAGGAGCAGUCAGGAAUCCUGGAGAGAAAGCCACCUUAG